AUGGGAGACAUCCUCGCCGAGAACGCAGGCAACUACGUCCAGCCGCACAAGAAGAACGGGCCGUCAACGAUUCCAAGCAUUGAGAACUUCGAAGGCGUGCCAACAGAAGGCGGCGAUGACUACGCGACGCUCAAGCGGCUGCAACGACAGCUCGAAUACAUCCAGCUGCAAGAGGAGUAUAUCAAGGACGAGCAGAGGAGUCUGAAGCGUGAGCUGGUCCGGGCACAGGAGGAGAUCAAGCGCAUUCAGAGUGUUCCCCUAGUUAUCGGCCAGUUUAUGGAGGCCAUCGAUCAGAAUACCGGCAUUGUCCAAUCCAGCACUGGGUCUAAUUAUGUCGUCCGUAUUCUCUCAACGCUUGAUCGUGAGAAGUUGAAGCCAUCCUCCUCGGUCGCCCUCCACCGUCACUCCAAUGCGCUGGUCGACAUCCUCCCGCCCGAGGCCGACUCGUCCAUCGCCAUGCUCGGCGCCGACGAGAAGCCCGACGUGACGUACGCCGACGUUGGCGGUCUCGACAUGCAGAAGCAGGAGAUCCGGGAAGCCGUUGAGCUUCCGCUGACCCACUUUGACCUCUACAAGCAGAUUGGCAUCGACCCGCCGCGCGGCGUGCUCCUGUACGGCCCGCCGGGCACGGGCAAGACAAUGUUGGUCAAGGCGGUCGCCAACUCGACGACGGCCAACUUCAUCCGCGUGGUCGGGUCCGAGUUCGUACAAAAGUACCUGGGCGAGGGCCCGCGCAUGGUGCGCGACGUGUUCCGCAUGGCGCGCGAGAACGCGCCGGCCAUCAUCUUCAUUGACGAGAUUGACGCCAUCGCGACCAAGCGCUUCGACGCGCAGACAGGCGCCGACCGCGAGGUGCAGCGCAUCCUGCUCGAGCUGCUCAACCAGAUGGACGGCUUCGACCAGACGGCCAACGUCAAGGUCAUCAUGGCCACCAACCGCGCUGACACGCUCGACCCGGCCCUGCUUCGCCCGGGCCGCCUCGACCGCAAGAUCGAGUUCCCCAGCCUGCGCGACCGCCGCGAGCGUCGCCUGAUUUUCACGACUAUCGCCUCCAAGAUGAGCCUCGCGCCCGAGGUCGACCUCGACAGCCUCAUCGUGCGCAACGACCCGCUCAGCGGUGCCGUCAUCGCCGCCAUCAUGCAGGAGGCCGGCUUGCGCGCAGUGCGCAAGAACCGCUACAACAUCAUCCAGGCCGACCUCGAAGAUGCGUACAGCAGCCAGGUUAAAGGUUCGACUGACGAAAACAAGUUUGACUUUUACAAAUAG